AUGGGCAGCAAUGUUGUUCAAACAUCUGUUCAGAAAAGAAAUGUUCUUCAAACAUUUGUUUGUGUAAAACAAGUGAAAGACAGUGCACUCGAAGAAUGGAACGAAACCAUGUUAUUACCGGGAGAUGUUAUCGUAGGAAUUUCAGAAAAAGAAAACGAUCACAGAUAUUUCUUUGGAACAUCCUUUAAAUCGGAGCUCCAGUCACAUCUUGGGAAGCUUCAACACCGUAUUAAUAAUGAUGGGAAAAUAUGGGUUACAAUUAAAAGAGCAGGGAAUAGAGUAGUGAAGCUUCCGGCCUUCAUGGUGUCUUAUCGUUCGUCUAGAUUCCUACGUCGGUAUACUAUUCGCACUGCCAGUAAUGAUAGACAAUUUGCUGUCUUGGGUGAUCUUACCUUAGAUCAGUGUAGCGAAUUGCAAGAAAUGAGCCGAAAAGUUGUAAGUUUCGAUACCAGGGGAUUCGACAAGAAAGGAGUCAAGUAUGAAUGGAAGGAGAAAGUAAAUACCUACUUACCUGACCCACGAUGCACGGUGAUUAGCUCUAUACUGUUUAUGCCUCUGGCAGAUGAACAGAAUGUUGACGCAACGACUGCAAGGUCUAUGGCUUGGUUCUCUGCAGCAGUUUCCUCUGGGGCUCCUCUCGUCUUUGUUAACAUACAAACCGAACAAAUCGUCAACUAUGAUAAAUAUCGUUCGUAUUGCGGAAAACAAAGGAACUACAACCCAGUUGAGACCAUAAAUGCAAUUCGUCUGUGGUUCUUACCGGGCGUAGCAGAGGUUUUGAUUGUGUUGAAACCAGAACCAGGAGAAACCCGCGUCGGAAUAGAUAUUAGAAGAACUGAAGAGGGAUUCAUAUGCAUCAGCUCAGUUACGACAGGGUCUGCAGCAGAUCGAGCAGGACUCGAACGUUUACAGAAAGAAGCAAGCGAAACUGGCCAUUUAGUUGUGAUAUCUAGAAUCGAAGGAAAGAGUGUGUUACCUUCAACCGUAUCAUCUAGUGAUACAGGGUUGGUACAUUGCUGCGACAUUGCUGAACUGAGAGCCACCAUUGCUACCGUUCUUGAUGAAAUGGAUGAGAUUAAUAUCCAUGUAAUGGGCUGGCCAAGCCAAAAAUCUCAUCCAACUACGGCAGCUCCUCCAACAAUUUGCAAUACUGUUGCCACACUCAUGACUACUACGAACUCAAUUUGA